GUGAGUCAGCUGACACAUGUCAUUUUAUCACAAUCUUAUUGUAACGUUAAUCCAACUCCAAGAAAGGUUUAUUCGUUUUUAAAACUUGUAAUACACUAUUAUUUAUCGUGAUUCAAACGGUAUCUCAAACUUAGAACCUCACGUAAGAUUCUAAUGGUUGAAGAUUACAAAGUGCUGCUGCUGGAUUUUGGACUCUGAAUUCGUGAUUUGUCUACUCUACUCGUCUGCUCCAUUCAUGGCCAGUCCAGUCCCGAGUGUGUCCGAGUUGGUUGCCGAGGCUCGACGUGUGUACGAGCAGAGCUUCGGGGGAGAUGGUCCACAGGUGGCAGUGUGUGCCCCAGGCAGGGUCAACCUGAUAGGGGAGCACAUCGACUACAACCAAGGAUUCGUCCUCCCUAUGGCUCUGCCCAUGGUGACGGUGGUGGUUGGCAGUAGGACCUCUGGCCAGAGUGCCUCCAUCAUUACUGCUGCUAAAGAUGUGGAGGAGCCCAGGAGAGUGGACUUUGACUUGCCCAAUGACAAGGCUCCUCUGUCUCCUGGGAAACCCAGCUGGGCCAAUUAUGUCAAAGGAGUGGUGCAGCACUACAGAGCUCCUCCAGUCCCAGGGUUCAGGGCAGUGAUAGCCAGUAGUGUCCCUCUAGGGGGCGGUCUGUCCAGCUCAGCCUCUCUAGAGGUAGCCAUGUACACAUUCCUACAGCAGCUCAAGCCAGAUGACGGGGACAAGGUGGCGAAGGCAGUGGCGUGCCAGAAGGCAGAACACACCCAUGCAGGUGUGCCCUGCGGCAUCAUGGACCAGUUUGUCUCCGUGCUGGGCAGGGAGGCUCAUGCACUACUCAUAGACUGCAGGUCCCUGGAGGCCACUCCUGUCCCUCUGUCAGACCCAGGCCUUGUCAUCCUCAUCAGUAACUCGAACGUGAAGCAUUCUCUGACGGGCAGCGAGUACCCUAGCAGACGACGACAGUGUGAGGAGGCAGCUGCCAUCUUGGAAAAGGCCAGCCUGAGAGAUGCCACACUGAAGGACCUGGAGGAUGCUAAGAGCCGAUUGGACAAUGAGACCUAUCGAAGGGCUCGUCAUGUAAUCGAGGAGAUAGCGCGGACGGCCCAGGCAGCAGAGUCCCUGAAGAAAGGGGAAUACAAAGAGUUUGGCAAACUCAUGGUGGAAAGCCACAACUCACUCAGGGACUUGUUUGAAGUGAGCUGCAAGGAGCUGGAUGAGCUGGUGUCUGCAGCCAUGGAGGUGGAGGGUGUGUUUGGCAGCAGGAUGACAGGGGGAGGGUUUGGAGGAUGUACUGUCACACUACUGCAGGCUGAAGCCAUAGACAGGACCAUGCAGAACAUACAGGAGCGAUACAGUGGAUCCCCAACUUUCUACAUCACAACUCCCUCACAAGGAGCUCGGGUCAUGAGUCUAUGAAGAGCAAACACUACAUUUUUCCAUUAUGUACAACUUCAUCGCAAAAAAAAAAAAAAA